GAGAGAGAGAGAGAGAGAGAGGAGGGGGAGGAGAGAGAUUGGGGAUGUGCCGUGUGUGAGGGGAGGAGAAGGAGGGGUUUGGCUUCAGUGUGAUGUGAAUGAAAUAGAAUCAGCGUGAGGGAGGGAGACAGAACAAAUCAACCUGCCUCUUUUGACUGAACAACGGAAUGGAAGAGCUGAGCUCCUAGGCACACUGACCAGAGAGGAGUUUUAUUUUUGGAGAGGGGAAGAAGGGAGCAGACAAGGGAAAUCGAAGAGGGACGAGGAGGAGAAAAAGCCUCAGCGUGGGGAUAGAUAGCAGGAAAAUGCUGUCAUGGGGAGAGGGGGGAGGGAGGCUACAGAAAGGAACAGGAUGAUACCAGGCAGGGUGGAGCGGAGCUGAGAUGUGGAGGUGACCAGUGGAAGAGACCAAAGAGAAUGGAUGACAGAGUAUAAAGAGCUGGGCUCUUCUCAUGGUUAACUCUCCUCUCCUCUGUACAUUUUUACCAGCAGGACCAAACCAAAACUGGACCAAACCAAAACAGGACCAAACCAAAACUGGACCAAACCAAAACUGGACCAAACCAAAACUGGGGCACACCAGAAUCGUAGUCAUCUGCAGAGCUGGCGAGCGUCCUAAAAUAACUUGGAAUGGGUGUACGCUUUCCAGACUUAAAACAUAUAAUUGUAUCUGACUGUGGGACAUAACUGUCAUCUAAUAGUCCUCUGCAUUUUGUUAUUGAAUGUGGAUGAGGAACACGUGUAGUACCUUUACUCAUCUGGUUUGGGAAAGUGAGGAGGGACAGUUGGAAGAUUGGAGUCAGAGUCUGAGGCACCAUGCAGUCUGACGACCUCUUCCUCCGCAAGUUCUGCCGGCAAAGGCCGCGACCCCCUCUGGCAACGGUCAACUUUGACUCUAAGCGGGACGGUGGGGUACGGGCGCGGGUGCUGGCAGGGGAGUGGCCCCCGAGGAGGGACGGGGAGGGGGCAGAUGGGGAUAGCCUUACUAACCCGAACCGUGUGAGUCUGAACCUGAGGUCCGUGGGCCGAGGACACAUCAUGCAGAGAAGCAACAGUGACGUGACUCUGGGUGACCUGGACUCUUCUGGUAAGGUGGGAGGGAAGGCCACACGGGCGGUGGGGGAGAAGGCAGGUGCCGGGGCUCAGGGGGACUCAGGGGUGGUGCUGCACAGGGAGUAUGGCAGCCUCUCCUCACUGGAGAGACAGACAGGUCUGUCAGGAACACAGGAGCUCAGUGCAGACGACCAGGGAGCUCUGAGCCCCAACGCCCUCCGCUUCAAAGACCCCUUCCUGUUGCUGGGUCUGCAUGCAACACCCCCAGAACCAGACGGCUUCUUCAGGGCUCUUUCCGCCCCCACAGGAGAAACUCCAAAACCAGCCAAGCCCCCCAAGCCUGAGGGGCUGAGCAAGAAGGCCAAGCCUUCACCCCCACAGAUCCCCCAACCAGGUCCUUAUGACAACCUGGGAGGCGGAGCCUGGGUCAGGAACUUUGCCCACUAUGAUGUUCAGAGUAUUCUGUUUGACCUCUUGGAAGCAGCCAGCAAUCGGGACAGCAUCGGCCGCAAAAAGAACAUCACCUCAGGGGCAUCGGCUGCCUCAACGAUGCGCCCCCUCACCCAGGCCACACCCUCCUCCCCCUCGCAGGGUGGGGGUAGUGGUGGGGGGGCUGUGGAGGACCCUGACCAGUGUCUGCUGGACGAGGGAGAUGGGAACGACAACGAGCUGCUGCUCAGCUGCCCCCACUUCCGAAACGAGAUGGGGGGUGAGGAGCGGGCGGGCCUGGGGAAUACACAGGGAAGAGGGUGCCUGUGGCUGAGCCUGAGGAACCCCAACGAUGCAGUGUCAGUACUGGAGGAACCCAGAGAGAGCCACGUCCAACAGCAGGGCAAGAGCAACUACUUCAUAGAACACGCAGACCUGGGAGCCCACUACUACCGCAAAUACUUCUACAUGAAAGAUCAUCAGAACUUUUUUGGUAUAGAUGACCGCCUGGGUCCAGUGGCCAUCAGCUUCCGUAGAGAGGAGAAGGAGGGGUCCAGUGGAGCUCAGUAUAACUACAGAAUCAUCUUCAGAACCACUGAGCUGAAGACUCUGCGAGGCUCCAUCCUGGAGGAGUCCGUGCCGUCAGCGGCCCGCCACACCACCCCGCGCGGCCUGUCUCCCAAGAGGCUCCUGGAGUUCAUCAUCCCUGAGCUCAACCUCCACUGCUUGCGCCUGGCCUCCACCUCGCCCAAGGUCCGAGAUACCCUGCUCAAGCUGGAUGAACAGGGGCUGAACUUCCAGAGGAAGGUGGGGGUGAUGUACUGCCGUGCAGGCCAGAGCUCUGAGGAGGACAUGUACAACAACGAGAGCUCCGGGCCGGCUUUCGAGGAGUUCCUGGACCUGCUGGGGGAGCGAGUGAAGCUUAAAGGCUGGGAGAAGUACCGCGCUCAGCUGGACACCAAGACGGACUCCACGGGGAUCCAGUCCCUCUACACGCGCUACCAGGACUAUGAGGUCAUGUUCCACGUGUCCACCAUGCUGCCCUACACGGCCAACAACACACAACAGUUGCUGAGGAAGAGGCACAUUGGGAAUGACAUAGUGACCAUAGUGUUCCAGGAGCCAGGGGCUUUGCCCUUCACUCCUAAGGCCAUUCGCUCCCAUUUCCAACAUGUCUUCAUCAUCAUCCAGGUGGAAAAGUCCUGCUCUGACCACACCUACUACAGGGUGGCGGUAACACGCUCCAAAGACAUCCCGUUAUUCGGGCCUCUGUUCCCUAAGGGUGCUCGAUUCCCCCGUUCCCCUGCCUUCAGAGACUUCCUGCUGGCCAAGGCGGUGAACGCUGAGAACGCUGCCGAGAAGGCAGAGAAGUUCCGCUCCAUGGCCACGCGUACACGGCAGGAGUACCUGAAAGACCUGGCAGAGAACUACGUGACCACCACGCCAAUCGACUCCUCCACCAAGUUCCCCCUGCUGUCCCUGGGGGGCAAGCGCAAAGACAAACUGAAGGGGGCCAAGGGGGCAGAGCUGCACAGUGCUGGGGCGCUAGUCUGGGCUGUCAGGGCCACCAGUGGGAAUGAGGAGGAGACAGGAGGACAAAAGCUGCCCUGUCUACUGGGGGUCUCAGCUGAAUCAGUGGUGCUGAUCGAGAGAUACACACGGAGGGUGGUGUUCAACUGCUGCUGCCGCGACGUGAUUGGCUGGAAGGCGGUGACAGACAGCAGGGCCAUAGGUGGGCCUUGCCUGGAUAUCUUCUAUGAGAGGGGGGAGGCAGUGUCAAUCAGUGUGAUGGACAGCCAGGCAGAGGAGAUACGGGAGAUGGUGCAGAGACUAGAGCUGGUGACGCGGGGCUGUGAGGCGCGGGAGGUGACCCCGCUGCGUGACGGGGUGGGCCAGCCAGGCUUCCUGAUGAGCGAGGAGGGCUUUGUGACGGACCUGCAGCGAUUCGGCUAUGCGGAGAGUGGGGGUCUGCAGCUGGGGGCGCGGGUGGUGCGACUGUGUGGUCACGCCCUGGUGCACCUGGGGCCGGAGGAGAGGGCCAGACUGCUCCGCACUGCCCACAAGAUCCACAUCACCGUCAUCCCUCCAGACGAGAACGGCAAGCCCCGCAGGAGUUUCUCCGAGUUGUACCAGAAAGCCAUCCAGGAUGCAGAACGUAAGCCUGGGGAGGGCCAGUCUGGAGAGGCCUGGGUACUGGACGAGAGGGAGGAGGAGGAGGAGAUGGAGGAAGAGGAGCGUGAACAGGGAGAGGGAAAGGAGGCGGAGACGAUGGAGGGACCAGCUGAGGGAGGAGAGGCUGAGGACAGGCCGUCAGAGAUGGGACAGGGUGAGGAGGACCAGGGGGACCAGGGCUCUCUUUUCUCCACACCCAGCCUGCCUAUUUUACGGGCCACCUCCCUGCAUGACCACCCCCCCAACCAGACCAUGGAGGCGAUCAGCCACUCCCAGCUAACACGCAGCUACUCCUUAGAGUACUCCCGGGACAUAUGUGACGGGCAUGUUUAUGACAACGUGGGUGUGAAGAUGGAACGUCACAUCUAUGAGAACCCAGGGGAGCUGAGAGACGCCACGCCUGACCUCAUCCUGGCUGUUAAACCCAAGGUGCCCCUGGACGAGGAGCAGUUUGUAGGGGCUGAGUUGGGUGAGGAGAGGACGUUAGCGAGGGACCCUUCCCUGUCCUCCGCCCGGUUGUCGUGUCUGGACAGAACAGAGAGGAACUCCCGAGCUUUGAGCCUACACAACUCCAUCACCAAGAUCCUGUCCGAGAACACAGAUUCCUCAGAGGAGGAGUGGCAGUCGAUAGCUGAUCUAGCCGCCGCCUGUCGCGGCAUCCUGGAGGCCUUGUCACAGGAAGAUCGUAAAGCAGGAGAUGGGACCCAAGGAGCAGACUCCCUGACAGAUGGCAAGCUAAAGGACAUGAAGGACAGCGACUCCCCUGGCCACAUGGAGAAGGUUUCCCAGCUGGAGGACAUGCUGAAGAGGCUGCAGGACGACCUGCAAAAGUCUUGUCCACUCAAUGCAGCCACCCCUCACCCACCUCCACCCAUACCCAGCCCCCUCUCACCCCUCCAUCCAUCCCAGCCAUGGUGGUCUGACAGACGGGUGUUGUUGUGUGCCGCUCCCUGGCAGGAGAAGGAGGACAAGGCGGUGCUGCAGGCCGAGGUGCAGAGCCUCAGGCAGAAUAACCAGCGGCUGCAGGAGGAAUCCCAGAGCACCGUGUCCCGCCUCAUCAAAGUCACCGAGCUGCUGUGCAAUGUCAACAAGCCCUGUUAGCUCCACCACAGUACACACUGUGUACACACACACACACACACACACACACACAGAUCACACACAAACAAACACACACAGAUGAUCGCACACAGAUCACAAACACACUGCGCAUUCAAUAUUGUAUAAAAACACACCAGCACAGUACAUCAACCUGCUCUACACCACACAUGCAUAAUACUCCGCAUUCUGUCGGAUGACAUUUUACCUCUGGGCAAGCCCAUGAGGGCAGAGUCAACUCAAAAAACAACUCUGAAACAUUUCUCACCAUCUGAUAGUCCUCCCAAUAGAUUGACUAAUGGUUGUGCUUUACCCAAGAGUGUGUUUUGUACCUUGAGUGUGCGCAAGUGAGUGUGUGUGUGUGUGUGUGUCGUCACUAUGGUUCUUUUAUCUUGCUUCACAUACUUGACAAGUUGGGCAGAAUAGCAAUUGCUUAAAACAACCCAGUUGAUUUAGAUGAAGAGGCACGUGUGCAGCAUGUUUUCUGGCUGUUUAUUUCAAUUGACACAAAGCGUGUGUGUAUGUCUCGUGAGGUACGUAUGUAAACAGUAGUCUCCCUCCCCUCUCUGCUCAACCCACGCCAUGAUAUGCAGCGUCUCGGACCGAGAGCAGUUCAGCUGGGCACCCUUAGAGUGGAGGGCCUUGGAGCUACAUAUUACACAGGGAAAAGGGAACAUGACAAUUGCAUGCCUGCAGGCAGCCUGCUGGAAAAGAUGGAAUGAUGCAUACUGACCCUGCCUCUCUCUGCCAACAUUCUCACGGAAUGGUUCAUUCAUUGGGUAGAGACACCAUUCUCUCCUCUUCAUACCUCCUCAGCUUAAUUUCAAGGGUGGUGGACUUGAGUAUUCCACGUCUGCUUCCAGUGAAUUCUGAUUGAGUUGAAACAGAUAUUCAAGUGGAUAAUACCUCUGCUGAGGAUGAAACAAUGGGGGAGAUCCUCGUCAUCCCUGAAAGACUGGCUGUAGAAGCUAUGCUGUAGAAAGUGCACCUCCUGCUGGACUGAACCAUGUAUUGUCAUAAGGCAGCUCUCCUUUUAGACAAAACUAUUGUAGGGAUUUAAUGUGAACUGGACAGGAUUUAUUUCGUGAACACAGCCUUCUGUGUUACAAUAUAUGUUGUGUUUGAUGGCCACAAUGACAAUUCAGUGUAUUUGAAAUGAAUCCAGAAUGGAGUGGUUACCUGUGGGUGAGGGAUUCCCCCAUUUCACCCUAAUGUUUUUGUCUGUGUACCUACUGUAUGUGUGUUUCUGUGUUGUUCUUGCACUUUUAGCAUCACCUAUAUCGGCAUGGGACAGGGCACAUAUUUAACCUCCUGCCCAGGUUCAUGCCUUGCUUGAAACAUUUAAGUGGAUUUGAUCUCACCACUUCACCUCACCCCACCUCACCUUCAGGUCCACUGCUGAUGACGCCAAUAACAAUGUGAGAUCAGAGGAGAACGGGAUUAUUCCUCCUCCAAGACUGUUCUGCCAAAAGAUGCCAAGGCAGCUCUCCUACACCCAACUCAAACCACUGGACCCAGCUGUGUUGUACAGCUCUGUAAGGGAUGCCAAACAAAAAGCUCUUGUUUGUUGUAUAUACUAUUUUACUUCCUCUUGUAAUUUUAUUUUAGAGUCACUGUGAUUACCCGGUACCAGCAGAUAAUGAUAUAUUCAAAUUAAAUUAUAAAUCUAAACUUUAUCUAUAUGUGAAGACAACAUGUACAGCUGAACUGCUCAGUGCUACAUAGUUCAUUUGGUUGUGUAUGCCCUCAAUUGCAGGAUUGUUUAAUAUGGAGACUAGUGUAAAUGUGCCCAAACAGGCAGUUUGAGCCAGGCUGUUUAAAAUGGUGAUGCCUUGUUGUUGGAAAUGAUUAGCAGAGUGGAGAAGUGUAAGAAUAUCUGAUGUUUUACUGUGUUCUUCUGUACAGUUCUGUAGAUUGUAGGAAGUUGAUGAAGCAUGAUAAUGCACCAGGUCACUUCCUAGCUCCCCUCUCUGUGUGUGUGUAUGUAUGUGAAAAAAAGAAAAAGAAAAAAAAGAAAGUUAUAACUUAUUAAUCUCGCAAAUGUGGAAUUCCCUGUUAGAUGUGUCAAUACAAGGGGAGGGAGGCAGCAAUUAGAUGUGCUAUAAAGUUCAAAUGGUAUGGUAGGGGUUGGUUUUAAGGAAGAAUGUGUUUUUAUAUAUACAUUCAAAUACAAGAAGACAAGAGGUCAAAUAUUUCUGCAGUGUUAUAGUAUUUCUUGGGGAAACGAUAAUGGCUAUCGUUAUCAUUCUAGUAUUGAGCUAUUCAUUCAGAGCUCCUACGUUCACGUUCAAUAAGGUCUCUAAAUGCCACUAGGUACGCCUUAAAGAGUGACUCUGGGACUCUCCAGAGAGGACAGGACAGACAACAUGGUCAGACUGGGUCAUGUGAAGGCUUCUUUCUCAGACAUUGUGCCUACCUGAAAUUGUAAUGUAUGGUAACUCAGCUUGGUGUCUUCAUUUCUGUUCUUCAUGGUCAUUGUUUUCAGACAGUGUCGGGUUGUCCUGUAUCCUGCAGGAUAGACAGGUGUGUCUGCCACAUGACAGUGGUAGAUGUAGGGUUGGUUGGUAUGGGGUCUCUCCAGGGUCUGCUCGUCAAUCCUCCCAGAGGAUCUGUGGCCAUUAAAUCAAAAAGAUGGGUUUAGGGACCCCAGGAAAGUGUCAUAAAGGUUAUAUGAAGACGAUAUGAAGUGUGUUUGCUUUUGUUAGGUUAAAGGAAAUGAUCCGUAUAGCGCUGGUUUAAGACCAGCAUCUACAACCUUAUUGAAUCACAAUCAUUCGAUGCAUAAAAACAUAACUUUCCACAAUCAUUUGGACAUGAACCAUCCAGUGCACUUUGAACCCCCAUUUAUGUAUCACAAGAAGUAUCCCUGAGUGACCCCUAACAACACCUUGUAUGCCUGAGUGACCCCUAACAACACCUUGUAUGCCCGAGUGACCCCUAACAACACCUUGUAUGCCCGAGUGACCCCUAACAACACCUUGUAUGCCCGAGUGACCCCUAACAGCACCUUGUAUGCCCGAGUGACCCCUAACAACACCUUGUAUGCCCGAGUGACCCCUAACAACACCUUGUAUCCCCGAGUGACCCCUAACAACACCUUGUGUGCCUGAGUGACCCCUAACAACACCGUGUAUGCCUGAGUGACCCCUAACAACACCUUGUAUGCCUGAGUGACCCCUAACAACACCUUGAAUGCCUGCGUGACUCCUAACAACACCUUGUAUGCCUGAGUGACCACUAACAACACCUUGUAUGCCUGAGUGACCCCUAACAACACCUUGUAUGCCUGAGUGACCCCUAACAACACUUGUAUGCCUGAGUGACUCCUAACAACACCUUGUAUCCCUGAGUGACCCCUAACAACACCUUGUAUGCCUGAGUGACCCCUAACAACACCGUGUAUGCCUGAAUGACCCCUAACAACACCUUGUAUGCCUGAGUGACCCCUAACAACACCGUGUAUGCCUGAGUGACCCCUAACAACACCUUGUAUGCCUGAGUGACCCCUAACAACACCUUGUAUGCCUGAGUGACCCCUAACAACACCUUGUAUGCCUGAGUGACCCAUAACAACACAUUGCAGAUGGUAACAAUGCAGUAGUCCUUUCACUCACCUGCUCUAGGCUACAUCAGCUGGCAAACGAUCUCCACCCAGCCAAUAGUAAAUCUGUGAGAAUGAUCCCUGGUAGAGACAUUGUGGUUGUUGCCUCCUCCCAUCCAUGUUGUAGGAGAGGAAACCAAUGACCAGUUGUUUUUCUUUUAUCCUCUUAUUUGUUUGCCUUAUAUGUCAUUGCAUCAUCCUUACAGGAACCCAACGCUCUCCGUACAGUGUGUGCCCUACUUCCACCUUGUCAUCUCUUUGCUGCUGUUGUAGAAGGGGAUGUUUUAAUGUGGCCAUACAGUAAGGAUGAUAGAAUACAGUACAUUAUUACCAGUGGAACCACACACAACAUCACAUCCCCAGUGUAGGUUUAUGGGAGGCCUGGCCACACAUCGUUCAUGUCACAACGGUAGCACGCACUAUGCACUCUGCUCAGCCAGUUAAAGAGCUGACGUUACCAUAGCCAGGCAGUGGCACACUGAGGGAAUGUGCUGUCACAAAACAUGCUUUCAGUAUGAUGCCACCUUCACCUGUUGUGUCAUCCACGAGAAGAGUAAAUUGACUAAAUGUUGUUCAUGUACUGUGAACUGGAGGGCUCAUGGCAAUAAAGAUUCCUCUGUACCUUU